GUGCCCGCCACCGCCGGCGCGCACCGCGCCUCCGCCCGCGUCCCCACAAUUUCCCCCCCGCCCCAGCUCCUGCCACCGUUUUCCCCCUCCUCCUCUUCCUCCUCCUCCGCCCAUCACCACCACUACGAACGCCUUCGUCUCCUUCUACACCUCGCGCCGCCGCCGCUCCUCGCGCUCCGCUCUGGCUUCCACCAGCCCAUCACUCCACGCUCGCUCGGCUGCUGCAGUCUCUCUCUCUCUUUCUCUCUCUCUCUCUCUCUCUCUCUCUCUCUCUCUCUCUCUCUCUCUCUCUCUCUCUCUCUCUCUCUCAAGUUUCCUAUCUCGUCAAGAUCAGGGCAAAAGGAAGAGCACAGCGAAUUCUGCUCGCCGUUUCAGAGCGACGGUGAUGAAGACAAAAUUGAACAUCUACAACAUGCAGUUGCUGCUUUUUGUUUUCUUGGUGUGGGACCCUGCCAGGUUGGUGCUGGCUAACAUCCAAGAAGAUGAGGCUAAAAAUAACAUUACCAUCUUUACGAGAAUUCUUGACAGACUUCUGGAUGGUUACGAUAAUCGGCUUAGACCAGGACUGGGAGACAGUAUUACUGAAGUCUUCACUAACAUCUACGUGACCAGUUUUGGCCCUGUCUCAGAUACAGAUAUGGAAUACACAAUUGAUGUUUUCUUUCGACAAAAAUGGAAAGAUGAACGUUUAAAAUUUAAAGGUCCGAUGAACAUCCUUCGACUCAACAAUUUAAUGGCUAGCAAAAUCUGGACUCCAGAUACCUUUUUUCACAAUGGGAAAAAAUCAGUAGCUCAUAAUAUGACAAUGCCAAAUAAGUUGCUUCGAAUCCAGGAUGAUGGGACUCUGCUGUAUACAAUGAGGCUUACAGUUCAAGCUGAAUGCCCAAUGCACUUGGAGGAUUUCCCAAUGGAUGCUCAUUCGUGUCCUCUGAAAUUUGGCAGCUAUGCAUAUACAACUUCAGAGGUCACUUAUAUUUGGACUUACAAUGCAUCUGAUUCAGUACAGGUUGCUCCUGAUGGCUCUAGGUUAAAUCAGUAUGACCUUCUGGGCCAAUCAAUUGGAAAAGAGACAAUUAAAUCCAGUACAGGUGAAUACACUGUAAUGACAGCUCAUUUCCACUUGAAAAGAAAAAUUGGGUAUUUUGUGAUUCAGACAUAUCUGCCUUGCAUCAUGACUGUCAUUCUCUCCCAAGUUUCAUUCUGGCUUAACAGAGAAUCUGUGCCUGCAAGAACUGUGUUUGGAGUAACAACCGUCCUAACAAUGACAACUCUAAGCAUCAGUGCUCGGAAUUCUCUCCCCAAAGUGGCUUAUGCAACUGCCAUGGACUGGUUUAUUGCUGUUUGUUAUGCAUUUGUGUUCUCUGCCCUAAUUGAGUUUGCAACUGUUAAUUACUUCACCAAAAGAGGAUGGGCUUGGGAUGGGAAGAGUGUAGUCAAUGACAAGUCCCCUUCAAUAAAAGCUGAAGGCAUUACAUUAACAUACAACUCAGUGAAAGCAAUUCUUCAAGGAGCUAAGCUAAUAUGGUCCAAGUAUAUAGCUUUCUCAUGGCCCAAUUUAUUCCAAGAAAAGACUUUAGAGUACUUAGAGAAGUGGAUGGACUGUUUAACCUUCAAACAAUCUUCUAAAAAAGAAAAGGCCUCUGUUAUGAUACAGAACAAUGCUUAUGCAGUGGCUGUUGCCAAUUAUGCCCCGAAUCUUUCAAAAGAUCCAGUUCUGUCCACCAUCUCCAAGAGCGCAACCACGCCAGAACCCAACAAGAAGCCGGAAAACAAGCCAGCUGAAGCCAAGAAAACUUUUAACAGUGUUAGCAAAAUUGACAGAAUGUCCAGAAUAGUUUUUCCAGUUUUGUUUGGUACAUUUAAUUUAGUUUAUUGGGCUACAUAUUUAAACAGAGAACCUGUAUUAGGGGUCAGUCCUUGAAUUGAGACCCAUGUUAUCUUUGGGAUGUAUAGCAACAUUAAAUUUCGUUUGUUUUGCUAUGUACAGUCUGACUAAUAACUGCUAAUUUGUGAUCCAAUGUGUACAGUAUGUAUAUAGUGAUACAGCUUACCAGUAGACCUUUAAUGGAGACAUGCAUUUGCUAUCUCAUGGAACUGCAGACAGAAAGCACUUCAUGCCAAAAGAGCCAUUGCCUUUUUUCCAAGAUUUACCCUUGGACCUAAUUUUAAGUGAAUUUCAGAUGACCUGAUUUAUUUCCUAUCGUUCUAAUAGAGAUGAAUAUGGGAAUCCUGUACAACCCUUUGUGAACCCUUUUGGUUUAGCUCUUAAGUAAGGUAUUUUCUACUGUUGCUUAGUUAUGAUGGAAGGUAACAUUGUCAUUCAUAGAUGAAUUCUUCUAAGUGACAGAACAUUGUAUCUGCGACAUCAUCUCCCUUCAUGAGUGCUCAGAAUCCCUGCUAAUGUAAUUGGAAGCUUGGCACAUAUAAGAAAAACUAGAGUUUUGAAAUCAGCUUUUAAUUACUAUGUAUAGAAUCUAUAGCCAUGUACAUAUUUCAGCAUGACAAAUUCAAAUAAUUAUGAGUCCACCCUACAGGAUGUUAAUUAUGCCUAUGAUUUAAUAACUAUUGGAAUGUCAUGGUCAUUACAUUUUUAGCUUCAGAGUUUAUUUGAAAGUAAUAAUUGAAAUCCUACAAUUUAUUUCAAUCAUUGGAAGCUACCUUAAUUUAAAAAAAAAAGAAAAUAAAUGUGUCUUACUCUUUCCAGGUAUGUGUUGUAUUGAAAUUGAUCAGCUAAAUUUUACUGGUGCUGGACACUGGAAAAAGCAUCCAGUUUGGUUGCUGUGGAGCAAUAUGCAUAUUGGAUUGGAAAAUUGUGCCAAAAACUCCCACUGAUGAGAAUUCAUAGGUGUCUCACACUACGAUGAGCACUUAUAUGAUUCUCCUCUUUCCUGUUUACUGCAAAUUCUGCCUUAAGGCUUCUUUUCAAGACUCAGAAGCCACUAAUUAUAAAGGAAAGGGCAGUUAAUUGGCACAUUUUUCUGUUGUGAAAGCAGUUCUUUCAGAUAAGAAUUAAUGUAAAUCUGCUUUUGUAAAUUGCAACUUUAAAUUUCGCUGACUCAAGUUUACAACAGCUUUGUAUACCAGAAGAGAUUUUGGUAAGUGUUGAACAUUUUUACACUGCAACUUUAAAACAUCACCAAUAGAUUGUGGAUUAUUUCACAUACACAAACAUAAACACACACACAUGCACACACACACAUGCACACACAAACACAGCUAAAUUAGAAACCACAUUUUAAAUUUUAUAUAAUUACUAUUAAUGGGUAAAAUUCAUUUUUCUUUUAAUAUUUUUAAAUAUUAUUUACACCCCUAAAAUAUGCUAAUAAAAGUUAAAAAUUGUGUAUAUGCCUAGAUUCAAAGUUUUUGGCAAACCUCAAAUACUUUUCAUUGACAUAAACAUUAGCAGUUAUUAGUUGACUUUUACUAUUAGAUGCACCUUUACAAUGGUGUUUUUGUAGAAACAUAAGUAGUCAAAUAGUGACAUUUCUUGCAGUUUUGUACAGUAUUUGAAUAUAGUGCAUAAACAGGUAUGUUCAUAAAAUCAAUAAAAGGAAUAUCUAUGGAAAUAAGCAAAAUCUCAACAAAAUUGCUAUUCCUUUGCCUCAUUUAAUUUUUUUAAAUUUCCUUUGUUUCAAUGUGAUUCUAUUAUAUGUUUUGCAUGAUUGUAUAAUACCAAGUUCACAAAUGCAUCUUAUUAACAGAAUUUGCCAAGAAGACAGCCUUGGCAUUAAAAAUUCCCUCUCAAAAGGUAAUCCAUAAUCCUUAAUAAAAUAAAAUUGUUAUAUGAGCCAAUAAAUGUAUUUCUUUAAUUCCCUUCCAGUAACACCUUCUUUGUCACCUAGUUUUAAAAUGUGCACUUUAUAUACUGAAACAGAAGAUAUCCUACUAUACAUUUAAAUACAGCAUAGCUCUUCUGUGUAGUUUAGAGAUGUUUGAAAUUGUCUGAGAAAGUACGCAACGCUUGAAAGUAAGCAAUGAAAUUGCUUUAUGUGGUAUGCAUUAUUAGACACGUUUAAAGUAUUUUUCUUGUAAAGUCCACACUGCCUCUUUAAUGUCUGACUAUGAAUUAUAAAUUUAUAAAUAUGUGAAUAUGUAAAAAUCAUUGUAAAUAACAGUUUCUGUAUGACCACAUAAAAAACUCAUCUAUACUUUAGGCAAAGAGCUGCUAUUAUGUUGAUGGCACUAGUUUUGUUAGCAUUUAUGGAAGAUUGACCAGGAAACAUAUUAUUGUUAUUCUUAUUUUUAAUUUCAGUUGUUAAAAUUUUAUUUGAGUGCGAUGACAUUCUGACAGUUUAGAUUUUUCAGUAAUAUGGAUCAGAACUCUCUGUAAUUUCACGAGAGAUGCUUCAUGGAAAUUGCUUUUAAAUUAUAGAACAAGAUUUUCAACAAUUAUUCUCCUUUCCAUGAACCAAUUUAAAAACAAAUUAAAAGAAUGUUAAUUUAUCACAAUAAGACCAAUUUUUCAGGAAAUACAUUUUACAUAUACUAACACUGAUCUCUUUCGUCCAUAAGAUUAUACCUAUUUUAUGCAGUUAUAUAAUCACAUAAAGUGUUAUGAUAUGUACAAAAUGUAGAUAAAUAUAUGUACAUACAUAUAAGUUUAAUCUCAUUAUUUUAUAGCUACUACUCUGAUUCAAGUAAUAUUUAUUCAAAAAUAUUUUUACCUCCUUUGCCAUGCCCUGAAAUUGGUGUUAAUAUCACUCAUGUAACAUCCACUGAAUUUAGUUGAAAUUUUAAGUACAUCUCAUUCUUUUAAUGACAUGAAAUUAAAGACUAUAUAAAACAUUUAAAUUAACUAAGUACUCGGAGUUCUUUAAUGAGCUAUGAUAUCACUAGUGUGCUAAGGUGGUAGCUGUUUUUUCUCCUUUACAUGUUCCUAUAUGUCUUAUUAUGAAAUGGAACAAAUAGAACCAUUUAAAAAAUUUUUAAAAACUUUUGUGAUUUUAUUAAGUGUCGAUCUUAAGGUUUAGAAAUCUAUUCAGGGAUUUCUUUGUUUUGAAUUGAUCUCAGAUUUGGAUAAGUGGUCUCCUUGAGCUGUGUUUCUAAAUUUUUUUCUUAAAUAGUUCAUAGUUUGUUUUUAACAACAACACAGAAGCUAUGAUUUCACUGUCAUUUUUUUGGUAAGUAUACUUUGGUAAAUAUAUCUGGGGGCAGAUAGAUAUAUGAUUGCAUUUAUGUGGCUCUUUUGGAAUUUCUGGUUGAGGGACAGGAAUCCUGCCAUGACAUAAUCAUGGAUUCUAGAAGAGCACCAAAGUUUUAGAGGUACUUUACUUUGGCAUGGCCUGUCAUCAUUCCAAUGAAAGAAUAAAGGAAAUAGCUCAAGUCACCUUCUGCAUUGUCAUGGUUCUUCAGCAUGACAAAAAAAAAUUGUUUAAUGUAUUUUAUGCCCAAUACCCUCAGACACAUGUCUGUGAAACAUAGACAUAUUUAUUUACUUACUUGGAAAUCCAAAAUCAUGUUAAUAGAUUACUAAACAGAUUAUUUGUGUUAUUAGUCUCCUGGC